AUGGAUGAGCAUGAGGUCGUGGAAGCAAUCAGGGCGAAGACAGGGUCUGCCGAUGCGAACGGGUGUCUUCCAUGGUUGGGACGGUUGGAUGUGAAUGGUUACCGCACCUUGAGGAAGAGUGUGAAUAAAAAAAUGCAGCAGACCAACGUGCGGCGCUUUCUCUGGGGCUUCAAUCAUCCGGAUGAGCCCCUAGACAAGUUUCAUAAAUGCAAGGUGAUCUGUGAGAACAACAAGUGCGUCAAAGUCGAGCAUCUCCGGAGAAUGCCUCUGAAAGAGGAGAAGUCGUCCGCGAUCAUCUGGGCGAGACUGGAGAAGCGUGGGGUGCGGCUCGGCAACGGGUGCCUGGUCGCCGAGAAAGCGUAUGAAAAAGUCAGUCUCCGUGGUGUGAUGAUGGGGAUCCACAAAGCGUCCUAUAUGCUUCACAAGAGCCUGGUGGAAAGUCCCACGGAGCAAGACGAGAACGGAGUGCCGCUCGUAUUGCGACACCUGUGCAACGACUCGCGCUGUUUCGAACCGACUCAUCUAGCAUACGGUACUCUGCGGGAGAACAAUUAUGACGACAAGAUCGCUAACGGGACACUGCCGAGGGGUCCGAAGAAUCACAAUGCCAGUAUAUCGGAAGAACUCGCCCGUCGAAUCAAGGACUCGAAGCCCACGACGAGGAGGGGUCAAGCGGGCCACGAGACUGCAAUUGAGCGCGCGAAGCGUUUUGGAGUACAUAUUCUCGUCUGA